CCGAGCAGCGUGGCUCCCGAGGGAGUCAGUGGGCAGCAGGGCAGACAAUAGCGGACAUGCUGUGUGGGCUGAGCCGGGAGACCCCUGCUGAGGCGGAUGACGGGCCUUACUCCAAAGGGGCCAAGGAGGCCACCGAGGCCGACGUGGCCCUGGCCUGCCGCAGACAGAGCAUUCCAGAGGAGUUCCGAGGGGUCACCGUGGUGGAGCUGAUCAAGAAGGAAGGCAGCACCCUGGGCCUGACAAUCUCAGGUGGCACCGACAAGGAGGGGAGGCCCAGGGUCUCCAACCUGAGACCUGGGGGGCUCGCGGCCAGGAGCGACCUGCUCAACGUCGGCGACUACAUCCGGUCGGUGAACGGCAUCCACCUGGCCAGGCUCCGCCACGACGAGAUCAUCACCCUGCUCAGGAACGUGGCCCCCGCUGCCCUGCACCGAGCACAGUGCUCGAGGGCUCCACCUAGCUCUGACUGUUCAAAGCUGGCCCUAAGUCUUGGAAUUCGAGUGAGGGGCUGGGAUCCCGGCCUGAGCUGCCACCGGGACUCAAGCCCGAGUUCUGCCAUCGAAGCUGAGCCAAGCUCCAGAGGACGGAGGACAUCUGCUGGCUUGAGAAGCGACGGAGGGACUCAAAGGGGUCCUCCUUUGUCCCCAGCUCCCGAGAACAACCCGAGGAUCAUUUCAAAGACGGUGGACGUCUCCCUCUACAAGGAGGGCAACAGCUUUGGCUUUGUCCUCCGAGGUGGGGCCCAUGAAGAUGGGCACAAGUCCCGCCCGCUUGUCCUAACCUGUGUGCGGCCUGGUGGCCCAGCCGACAGGGAGGGCUCCUUGAAGGUGGGCGACCGGCUGCUGAGCGUUGAUGGGAUCCUGCUGCACGGGGCCAGCCAUGCCACCGCCCUAGCCACGCUGCGGCAGUGCAGCCAUGAGGCGCUCUUCCAGGUGGAAUAUGACGUGGCCACCCCCGACACGGUGGCCAAUGCCUCGGGACCCCUGAUGGUGGAGAUUGUCAAGACGCCAGGGUCAGCCCUGGGCAUCUCGCUGACCACCGCCUCCCACCGGAACAAACCGGUCAUCACCAUUGACCGCAUCAAGCCCGCCAGUGUGGUGGACAGGAGCGGGGCCCUGCACGCUGGAGACCAUAUUCUGUCCAUCGACGGCACGAGCACAGAGCACUGCUCCCUGCUGGAGGCCACCCAGCUCCUGGCCAGCGUGUCAGAGAAGGUGCGGCUGGAGAUCCUGCCUGUGCCCCAGAGCCAGUGGCCACCGAGGCCCUCGGAGGCAGUGAAAGUGCAGAGGAGUGAGCAGCCACACCGCUGGGACCCCUGCAUGCCCUCCUGCCACAGCCCUCGGCCCGGCCACUGCAGGACGCCCACCUGGGCCACACCUGCUGGCCAGGACCCAAGCCGAUCCUUGUCCUCAACGCCCUUUUCCUCACCAACCAUGAGCCAUGCCUUCUCCUGCACCAAUCCAAGCACCCUUCCCCGGGGAUCCCAGCCCAUGAGCCCCCGGACCACAACGGGGCGUAGGAGACCACGGAGAAGAGAGCACAAGAGCUCACUGUCACUGGCCUCCAGCACGGUGGGGCCCGGCGGGCAGAUUGUGCACACGGAGACCACGGAGGUGGUGCUCUGCGGAGACCCCCUUGGGGGCUUCGGCCUCCAGCUCCAGGGCGGCAUCUUCGCCACCGAGACCCUGUCCUCCCCACCCCUGGUGCGUUUCAUCGAGCCUGACAGCCCGGCGGAGAGGUGUGGCCUGCUACAGGUGGGGGAUCGCGUCUUGUCCAUCAACGGCGUCGCCACUGAGGACGGGACCAUGGAGGAGGCCAACCAGCUGCUGCGGGAUGCUGCGCUGGCCCACCGGGUGGUGCUGGAAGUGGAGUUUGAUGUGGCGGAGUCCGUCAUCCCCAGCAGCGGCACCUUCCACGUGAAGCUGCCCAAGCGGCGUGGCGUGGAGCUGGGCAUCACCAUCAGCUCGGCCAGCCGGAAGCGAGGGGAGCCCCUCAUCAUCUCCGACAUCAAGAAGGGCAGCGUGGCGCACAGGUAGGGGCCCUGAACACAGGCGGUAGCCAUCGACAACAUCCGUCAGGACAACUGCCCCAUGGAGGACGCUGUGCGUAUCUUGCGGCAGUGUGAGGACUUGGUGAAGCUGAAAGUUUGCAAGGAUGAGGACAACUCAG